AGGUAACUUAUUCGAAUAGUGAACACGCGUUUGACAGUGUCAUCAUCAUGUUCAAGUCAUGCAAGAAAGCAGCCCCGUUGUUCUUGGCUAUUUUGGGACUCGCAGCAGCGUCAGCGCAAUACGGAGAGCCGCAACCUCAGCAACAGUAUCAGCAACCGCAGCAGCAAUACCAAGUAGCUCAGCCAGUGUACCAGGUCCCUCAGCAGCAGAAUACAUACGAAGUACCACAACAGGCUCAAAGACCAUAUCCUGCACAACAACAACAACAGCAACAACCACAAUAUCAACAGGCUGCCAAGUAUGAAGAGCCCACGCAUCCCGCCAAAUACCAAUUUCAUUGGCAAGUGAAAGACGACCCCUCGUACAACAACUAUUACCACAACGAAGCUCGAGACGGCGAAGACACUCGAGGCGAAUACGGGGUUCUUUUGCCCGACGGACGAUUCCAAACCGUGAAAUACGUCGUGGACAAAUGGGGCUACAAAGCCGAUGUUCAGUAUCAAGGAGAAGCGAAAUAUGACCAACCCAAGAAAAAUAGUGGCUACGGACAGCAACAGAAUUCCUACAGCCAACAACAACAAGGUGGGUAUGGACAACAGCAGCAACAACAGGGUUAUGCUCAACCUCAACAAGGAGGUUAUGGACAGCAGCAGCAAAAUAAUUACGGCCAACAGCAAACCAGAUAUGGACAACAACAGCAAACCGGAUAUGGACAACAACAGCAAACAGGAUACGAACAGCAGGCAAAGCCGACUUAUCCCCAACAGCAGCAAAGCAACUAUGGACAACGAACCUACAAAUGAGACUCACGUACAGUACAGUAAAACAAAGAUCACACUGCUGUAUAAUCAAUGGAUGAGAAUUUUUUUGUAAACCGUUAGGCAAUGCAUCACCUGUGAGUUAUGUUAGUCAUCUGGCUCUAGAAUCAUUUGUCCGAGUCGUAUUGUUGGCGUGAAGAAAAAACAUAUUUUUGGGAGGGCAACGAAAAACUAUGAAGAGAAUUUGGUGCUUUGUUGGAAUAGAAUGUAGACAGACGUCUUUGAAGAGGUUUUGAGAAGCAGCUGCUGUAGAUAUUGUCGGGAUCCGUUUCCAUUGUUGUUGUUCAAUGUGCUUUGAUGAGUAUUUUUGCACGUUUGCAGAGUCAUAAAUGUGUCUGGGAAA